AUGUCCCAAAUUCUAUUAGAAAUAGCAGAACAAUCUGAUAUUAUAACAGAAGAUAUUAAAAUAGAUUUUUUUGACAAUUCGUUUAGGCUACGUUUUCUUGUAAAAAAGAAAAAUAAAGAGAGCCAAUUAAUAUUCAAGCCUAAUAAGCCAAAAGAAAUUUUUAGUAAAGAUUAUGAUUUGUUUAUUGAAUCAUAUGAUACUUUGAAUAGUGAUCAAGAUUAUAAAGAGAAUGUAGAAUUAUCCGAUCCAUCUUCGAAUGAUAAAGAUGUUAAAUUAUUUGAAUUUUCUUCAGAUGAAGAAGAUAUUCUCAAGGAUAAUCAAAUAUUUACAGCACCUACCUAA